UCCACUAACAGUGGUUUAUCAAGACUUCUCAUUAUUUUGUGACACCGACUCGUCCGUCACCUGACUCAUCUGAACAAACUGUUUGGAUUCAUGACGAUCCGUAAAGUGGGAAGACGUAAACUAAUAUUGACCCCUACAAGACCGAGAUUAACAGAACCUGCAGUACUUGGUUUUCACCGGGGCAUAUACUUGUUCCUUGGGAGGUGUUUGACUCUGACAUUUGCCUUUUGUGGCUCAGCUUUGGUCUGAUUUUGUUUGUGCUUUGGCUGGGGUGAAGAACGCCGAUGGCUCUCAUGGAUAAGCAUAAAGUCAAGCGACAGAGGCUUGACCGCAUUUGUGAAGGCAUUCGCCCCCCGAUUUUGAAUGGGCCGAUGCACCCGCGCCCCCUAGUGGCACUGUUGGAUGGUCGCGACUGCACCGUGGAGAUGCCUGUCCUGAAGGACGUGGCCACGGUGGCCUUCUGUGAUGCCCAGUCCACCCAGGAGAUCCACGAGAAGGUGCUGAAUGAAGCAGUGGGCGCCCUGAUGUACCACACCAUCACUCUCUCGCGGGAUGACCUCGACAAGUUCAAGGGCCUGCGGAUCAUCGUGCGAAUAGGCAGUGGCUUUGACAAUGUGGACAUCAAGGCCGCGGCUGAACUAGGUAUAGCUGUGUGUAAUGUGCCUGCCACGUCAGUGGAGGAGACAGCGGACACCUCCAUGUGUCUGAUCCUGAACCUGUACCGCCGCGUCACCUGGAUGCACCAGGCUAUGAGAGAGGGCACCAGGGCUUCCAGCGUGGAGCAGAUCAGGGAGGUGGCCAGCGGCGCUGCCCGCAUCCGGGGAGAGACGCUGGGCAUCAUUGGCCUGGGGCGAGUGGGCCAGGCUGUAGCGCUGCGGGCCAAGGCCUUUGGCUUCAGUGUGAUAUUCUACGACCCCUACCUGCCAGACGGAGUGGAACGCUCUCUGGGCCUGCAGAGAAUGGCCACCCUGCAGGACCUUCUCAUCCACUCUGAUUGUGUGUCACUGCACUGCAGCCUCAACGAGCACAACCAUCACCUCAUCAACGACUUCACCAUUAAACAGAUGCGCCAGGGGGCGUUUUUGGUGAACACGGCACGAGGGGGCCUGGUGGAUGAGAAGGCCCUGGCCCAGGCACUGAAAGAGGGAAGGAUACGGGGUGCAGCCUUGGACGUACAUGAGACGGAGCCCUUCAGCUUCUCUCAGGGCCCACUGAAGGACGCUCCCAAUCUGAUUUGCACCCCUCACACAUCCUGGUACAGUGAGCAGGCGUCCCUUGAGGCUCGGGAGGAGGCAGCUAGAGAAGUGCGCCGGGCCAUCACAGGCCGCAUCCCUGACAGUCUGAAGAACUGUGUCAACAAGGAGUAUCUGAUGGCAACACCCCAGUGGCCUGGUGUGGACCAUGGGGCCGUGCACUCAGAACAGAACGGAGCUGCAGCUUACAGGUUCCCUACUGGCCUAGUGGGAGUGACGGCAGGAGGCCUGACAGGGGCAGGUGCUGCAGUGGAGGGAAUUGUUGCAGGAAACCUGGCUAUGGCACAUGGGAUUGCCCCCAUGUCCCGACCCCCCCACACCCCAUCGCCGGGGCAACCCUCUAAAGCAGAAACAGACAGAGACAUGCCAACGGACCAGUAGCCCCCCACCCCACCCCCCAACUGUCCCCAAUCCCCUCUUGUCCACAACAUUCCGUCGUCACCCUUCAUGUUCAUUCAAGCUUAUAGACAGACACUGGUAUUGAGGUCCAUUCUGACCUGGCUUUGGUCCCGUCCUACAGAACAGAAUCCUUCAGGAGGGACAGAAUCCUCGACUCCCUCCACACAUCCUGUUUUCUCUCAUCCAGAAUGCAAUAAGUGGAUUACUCAAGGAUUUUAUUUUUCUUCCAGUUUGCUUUUAAGCCCCUCUGUGUCUGACGGUCAUGUGGCUCAGUGGUUUUGUAAAUUAGUCCUUAGUGGGAGACCUGUUCCAAUAUUUUUCCUGUGUUAUUUGCUUUUGUUAUCUCUUUUGCUGUUUGACAUGCUAUAAAGUGAGGCAUAAGUCUGGAACGGUAUUGAAGAUGAUCCCCCCCUCCCCCACUACUAUUUGUUCACAAACCUUACAAAGGAUUUUCUAAUGUCGGACUCUACAUUUAGUCAUCACAAUAAAAGUGUGGCUGUGA